UGGCUCCCAACAUUUUGUAACCCACAGACCCCCUUCUCUGGCUCAUAUUGAACAAAGGGCGGCGCUCUACUUUUGCCUGCCCUCACUUUAUACUCCUCCGGUCAACGUAACUCACACACAGAGCCCGUGGCCGCGAUGACUGGCGCUCACUCUCCGCUGGAAUGAUCUGAUCUGACGGCUGCGGAGAGUCAGCGGUGCUCUGUGAAAGUCAUGGCCGCUCAGUGUGAACCCUUAAGCGGAUAUUUACAGCAAUCUGAUCCAGGCUCCAACAGCGAGCGCAGCACUGAUUCCCCUUUGCCAGUGUCUGAAGAUGACUCCAGCGGACCCACGGCACCUCCGGACCCCGAGUGGACCGAGGAGAGGUUUCGAGUGGACCGGAAAAAACUGGAGAUCAUGUUAUUAGCUGCCACGGAGGGGCGAGUCAACGGAGGUGAGGACUUCUUUCAAAAGGUUAUGGAGGAGACAGAUACUCAGAUUGCAUGGCCUUCCAAACUAAAGAUCGGUGCCAAAUCAAAGAAAGAUCCACACAUCAAAGUUAGUGGUAAGAGGGACAAUGUGAAGGAAGCCAAGGAGAAGAUCAUGUCUGUCCUGGACACAAAGAGCAACCGAGUGACUCUAAAGAUGGACGUCUCGCACACAGAGCAUUCACAUGUCAUCGGCAAAGGGGGAAACAAUAUCAAGAAGGUGAUGGAGGACACGGGCUGUCACAUCCACUUCCCCGAUUCCAACCGCAACAACCAGGCUGAGAAGAGCAACCAGGUGUCCAUAGCCGGCCAGCCAGGAGGAGUGGAGGCCGCCAGAGCCCGAAUUCGGGAGUUACUCCCGCUGGUGUUGAUGUUCGAGCUGCCAGUCAUAGUACAGCUGAACCCUGACCCCAGCUCUCCUGCCAUCCAGCACAUCUCCCAGACAUACAACAUCUCCGUGGCCUUCAAACAGAGGUCCAGACUCUAUGGAGCGACAGGAGUAGUGCGGGGCUCACAGAAUAAUGCUGCAGCCGUGAAGAGGGGCACAGCGGUGUUACUAGAGCACCUUGCGGGCAACCUGGCCAGCGCCAUCACGGUCAGCACGCAGCUUGACAUCGCACCCCAGCACCACCUCUUCAUGAUGGGCCGCAACGGCAGCAACAUCAAGCACAUCAUGCAGCGCACAGGAGCCCAGGUCCACUUCCCAGACCCCAACUGCCCGCAGAAGAAAUCCACUGUCUACGUGCAGGGAACCAUUGACUCUGUGUGUCUGGCCCGUCAGUACCUGAUGGGCUGCCUGCCACUGGUGCUGAUGUUCGAUAUCAAAGAGGAUAUUGAGGUGGAACCACAGUGCAUUACUUCCCUAAUGGAACAGCUUGAUGUGUUCAUUAGCGUCAAACCAAAACCCAAGCAACCUAGCAAGUCAGUGAUAGUGAAGAGUGUGGAGAGGAACGCUCUGAACAUGUAUGAGGCCAGACGCUAUCUGCUGGGUUUGGAGAGCAGCGGCGUAUCAGUCCCCACCAACACCAGCUGCAUCACCAGCAGUAAUGGCGGCAGUCCUCCGUCCAUCCCUCCCCCACCUCCAGCUCUCAGCUGCCCCGUGGGGCUUGACAUCUUGGCCUCUGCCGGCCUCGGCCUCACCAGCCUGGGUCUUCUGGGACCUACAACAGCCUCCAUGACAGGACACUCCACCAACUCCCUUCUCAAUGCUCUCAACAGCUCCAUCAGCCCAUUACAUACACCCACCUCUGGAACGCCCAGCCCCACUCUCUGGUCCAACUCACUGGCCAGUCCAGCCAGCACACCAGGAUUCUCGUCGCCCUUGAUGAUUCACCCAGCCACCCAGGCCACUCUAACUAGCAUCUUGCUGUCAGGAGUACCAGGCUACACCCAGAACACUCCAUCCCCUCCUCCUGGUCUUGCCCCAAUUGACGCACAAAUCAACGGAGUGUCAGACUGCAGUAAAGCUGUGUCCCCUCUCAGUAGCAAACAGCCCAGCACCAUGUACAGCAGAAUGUCUGCAGCGUCUCUCACAGACAAAGUUCUGACCGCAGCUCAUGGUGACUCAGUGCAGGAAGCCAGCCCUCACUGUCCUUCUGAACCGCUGUCCAGCAAGUCCAGCCAAGACCAAGGUUCGGAUACGUUCGUAGAGGUGGGCAUGCCCCGAAGCCCUUCUCACUCGGGAAACAGCAAUGAACUGAAGCAGAUGUUGGCAUCCUGUAAGACAUCGUCAGGAAAGAGGCAAGCCCUGGAGCUCCUACAGGGCACCAAGAACUCCCUCCUACAUUCAGAGUGUCUGCUGUCAGACUCUGACUCCAGCGCCUCAGAGAGUCCGGUGGCUGAUAAACGCGCUCCGGGUAGCGAGAGAGCAGCCGAACGGGCCGCUCAGCAGAACUCGGACAGAAUCCGCCUUCCUCCCCAGUCCUCCUUCUCCAGUAUGCAGGCGUUCGACUACGAGCAAAAGAAGUUAUUGGCGACCAAAGCCAUGUUAAAGAAGCCAGUGGUGACGGAGGUCCGUACCCCCACUAACACAUGGAGCGGUCUGGGCUUCUCAAAGUCUAUGCCUGCAGAAACUAUUAAGGAGUUGCGCAGGGCGAACCAUGUGUCUUAUAAACCUACCAUGUCAACUACAUAUGAGGGGUCUCCUCUAGCCUUGUCCCGCUCCAACAGUAGAGAGGGCAUGGCGAGUGGCAGCGACUCGGAUAACUGGAGGGAAAGAAAUGGGAGCGGGCUCCCGGCACACAGCGACUUCCCCUCUCCCAUCAGCCCCAAAAGGAAGCAGAACAAAACAGAGCACUACCUAAGCAGCAGCAACUACAUGGACUGCAUCUCGUCAGUGACGGGAACUAACGGCUGUAAUCUCAACACGUCUUUCAAAGGAUCUGAUCUGCCUGAGCUCUUCAGUAAACUUGGCCUCGGGAAGUAUACAGACGUCUUCCAACAGCAGGAGAUUGACCUUCAGACAUUCCUCACGCUGACCGAUCAAGACCUGAAAGAGCUCGGCAUCACUACAUUCGGAGCCCGCAGGAAAAUGCUGUUGGCCAUCUCAGAGCUGAACAAGAACCGAAGGAAGCUCUUUGAGCCGCCGAACAUCCGCUCCUCGUUCCUGGAAGGAGGCGCCAGCGGUCGACUGCCACGACAGUUCCACACAGACAUUGCCAGUGUAAGCGGGCGCUGGUGAGCCCAUGCCAAUGCAUCAACACACGGCCUGAACUGCACAAUUUCCCAUUCCCAACCUGACAUAAAGUACUGGACCAAAACCCGGACCUUCUGAAACUGUGCCAAAUAAACAAUGUCCAUGGAACAGAGGUUAAGGGUCAAAGAACUGUUGAAUAUUAUAUGCAGUAUGGUACAUUAUGCAAUAUGGUACUCAUGUUACAAUGAAGGAAAUGUUGUGAAGGAACAUUGGAGCUCCUGCACUGUGCUUGUAUAUAGUGCAGGCAGACUUUUAUUUAUAUGCUUGUCUUAGGCUUCGCCAUACUAAUUCUUUGCACUUUAAAAAAUGCUAAAUACUUUGUCUAUGGACAGAUUCGCCUGACUAGAUGCGCUUGGAUCUUACUUAAAGCACUUAAAUGGAUAUCAAGCCAAAGUGUUCUGCACAAAUUAUCCAUAAGGGGAUCUUAUCUCAUAUCUCAUAUAUAUAUAUAUAUAUAUAUAUAUAUAUAUAUAUAUAUAUAUAUAUAUAUAUAUGAUUUCUGAACCUAUAAGUUGUUUACUCUUAAAGGGAUGGUUCACAGAAAAGGGAAAAUUAUGCCAUCAUUUCCAGUAUGGCUUUCAUUCUUCUAUAAGAACACAAAAGAAGAUAUUUUUAAGAAUGUUUCAGCUGUUUUUGGCCAUACAAUGAUAGUCAAUAGAGUACAUUAGUGCCCCUCACUUUUUUAACAGUAUUUUUUAAAUUCAUUUUUGCCAUAGGGAUUUUAAAAGUCUUCACUAAAGAUUUAUACGCCAUUACCCUGACGGCAACGUAGUGUCGGCCCAGAUCCGGCCCAUAUCCGGUUCAUGUGUAAUCCACAUGUACCAGAUGUGGGCCGGAUCUGGGCCGCAUUAUGUUGCUGUCUGAGUCGCUAAACCAACCAGCUACAAGGUGAAUCACACCAUUACAAACUUUGAUUUGAAACCAAACAGUAUUUGAAAAUUGGCCAAAAAGACAAAGGUACAAAUCUAAAACUACAAUAUGAAGCAUUGCGAAUGACAAUCUAAUUAAAAACACUGUUGAAAUAUAAAACUAUUAAUUUAAUGUUGUUGAUUAUAUUUAUAGAAACCAUAUAUUUUAAGUUUAUUGCAAAAUAUGUACAUAUAUACAAACAUUUAAUUAUUUUUGGGAGAGGUGAUCUUUUAGCAUGAUUUUCUUGUAGCGACUCUGAUUGGUGGACUUUUCUUCGCAGUAUCAUGGGUAAUGUAGUUCCAUGAAAAUUGUCUAAUAAUGCAAACAGAUGCUUCAACAAAAGCAUCGAUUAACAACCUUGGAGCUCACAAUAAGUCUAUCUUUAACAAUUUAUCAAAAAAAUGACUUGUGUUACUUCAAAAUUUACUACUGGAACCCAACUGUUUCACUCUAUGGGCUCCAAUACAACUUUAGACCUUCAUUGUAUGGACAAAAUAUCUUCUUUUGUGUUUCUACAGAAGAAAGAAGUCAUGGAGAAUUUUAAUUUUUGAUGAGCUAUCCCUUUAGCUGUUGGUUUUAGAGGUUGGGAGUCGGCCUGUCAGUAGUAGCUCUCUCAAUAGUGCCUCUCUUUAGCCACUGACAGAAGUGCAAAUUACACCAGCUCUGUUUCAACCACCUUCCUGAACACCACAGACCACAAGUCUUCACUGACCGCACUUGGAAUUCUUGUCAGAGCUGACCAUGGCUUAAUCUAAGGCUUUUCUCCUGCACGCGACCAAAGUCUGUGCUGCUUUUCUUGACCUCUAGACUUCCUACAUCGUCUAAAGCGGCUUGUUUACUUCUAUCUUCUCUCACCAUUGUUACGUUAUCCCGAUGCGCUCGUUGUAUUCUCGCAUUCUUCGGAUAUUUCCAAAGCACGUCUUUCAAUUCUGACUAUAUCUAAAGCUGUGAAUGUUGCCAGAUGUUCUCCGAAGGAUUGAUACCACCAAGUGCCUUUUGUCUUGCACUGACAACUUUUCCAAAGUAAUCGAAGACUAUCGAUCUCUCAAAGGUACAAAUGUUUUACUGGGAAGUACCACUUACAGUAAUCUCACAGUGCAUUGCUUUACCUUUACAUGUACGGUAUAUAUUUAGUACUUCCAUUUAGCUCUUAAGUACAUUGAAUUUGUACCUCACAUGUGAUAGAGGUACUAUUUAAGUUUGUAUUUUGUGUAUUGUCUUAUUAUGAUUGUUCAUAGACUUUUUGUUAUGUAGUUUGCUUUGAUCAUUUUCAGACAGUAGCAAUCAACCAAUCAAACAAUUUGUGUAAUGGUUUGUGAUGUUUGUUUAAUCAAAUUGAGACUGACAAAUGAGUGAAACAAUAGCUCUCUGUGUAGCCUAAAAAUAUUAUUAGUAAUAAUAAAAUGCAACAGACUAUGCAAAGAAUCACUUUGCCAUUUUAGGUUUAAAUGUUUCUGUUUAAGCACAUACGCUUUUGUGGUUUACUGGUUGUUCCUUGUUUUUGUUUUUGUUUUAAAGCGAAUUAAUUUUAUAGACUUUGUUUUCCAUAAAUUGCUACUUUGAUAUAUCUUAGAUUAGUGCCUUUUAUAUGCAUCAAAUGCUACUUUAGUGAGAGACCGAUUGUAAUUCAUUUGUAGAAUUGUUUUGUUCUCUCCCUAAGAGGGAAAAAUAAGGGACGUCUUAAUAUUCUGACAUGGCCUUCACGUGGCCAGCACAUUUUUGAGUUUCUUUGACCAAAGUUAAAUGCGUAACCUCUGGGUUAUGAGGUUACAUACAUCACGAGUGCACAAAUGUACAGAGCAGUGAAGCACAUCAACCAGUAUUAUUCUUCCAAAUGUACGUUUAGUUGGCCAGUGCCUUGGGAUUGACUUUUCUGUGAGCUUGGCACAGAUUUUGUAAUAUACUCCAUUGUAAUGUUCUAUGAUGAUGGUCAUAAAUUUGUAUAAUUGCCAUAAAUGUGGUAUUGCUGAAUGUUCUUUAGUUGAAGGUGUUCUUUAGUUGAAGGUGUUAUGAAAGAAUAAAGCUUUUCCAUUUUAUGUUCCA